CAACAAAUCCACACAAACAAACCCUCACUUCUGCGUAGAUCUCGCCGUGAUCAACUUCCGUACAACUAUCGCCGGAAAAGUAACCGAUCGGAGAUCAUUACGGCCGCCGGAAAACUUCACCGGAGGUUUAGGAAGUGUUUAUAAGUAUAAUGCUGGAAUUGUUUUGAUGCGAGAGUAUCAAAAGUGGUGAAGUUGACUGAUCAGUUAGUAAUAAGUAGGAAAUGUCUGUUGAUUAUGAUCCUCAGUAGUUGAUUUGAUGCUACUUAAAUUGGUCAAAGAAGUUGUGAUUCGAUGAAGCUGACUUUGAAAGUGUUUUCUGUUGGCUGAUCAGUUGGUAAUAAGUAGGAAAUAUCUGUUGAUUAUGAUCCUCAGUAGUUGAUUUGAUGCUACUUAAAUUGGUCAAAGGGGAGCUCUAAUCAAUGCAAAAACAUGUCUUCCCAGAACAAAGACAUCUGGAUGUCAAAAGCUCAAGGGAACAUAGGUGAAAACGGUGAACUAGCACACAGUAAUUCCUCACGAGUUGAGCCCAAGCGUUCACAUCAAUGGUUCAUGGAUGGCAAUGAUGCGGAUUUUUUUCCCAACAAGAAACAGGCAGUUGAAGCUCCCCACCCAAAUUCAUACACCGCACUUUUAAACUCGAACGUUUAUUGUGAAAGUUCGUCUAAUUUCCCCUCUGUAGCGGGGCAAUUCAGUGAACGGUUUUUCGACAAUGAACCACCAAGGACUACCAACUUAUUCGGGGUUGAUUCUGCAUUUGGAGGUUUUAGUUACGGUGGGAUUAGAAAAGUCAAAGUCAGCCAAGUCAAAGAUGCUGAUGAUUUUCUAUCCGACACUUUCAACAGGGUGGAUAACAAUUUUAUGUCGGUCAGUGUACCUUACAGGGAGAAUGCUGGAUAUAUGUCUGUGGGCCCAUCUGCCAGCAAGGAUAACACUCAAUCAUUUGUUAAAGAGGAUGAGAACAAUAUAUCUAUGGAUGCUUUCAAUCAACAAAAUAACUCUUUAUCGAUGGAUCUUGUUUACGGUAAGCCGACUGAUGAUCAGAGAAUGCCAAUGGGACAUUCAUUCGGUGAAGACAAUAUUAUAUCUUUCGGUGGAUUAAACGAAGAUGCGGAUAACAUUAGUUCUUCAGGAAGGCUUGUAUGCAAUUAUGACUUUUUAAUGGGUCAAUCUUCGGUUCAAAGAUCAGAAGAGAAGGGUUUAUCUGAAUCUACAAGUGAUGCAGUUAUUAGUGGCGCACAAGUAAUUUCCCAUGGAGAUGCUAUUCUAAAGAAAAAAGAGCAAAAAUUAACUAAAAAAAUUCCCCCAAACAAUUUUCCGUCAAAUGUUAGAAGUUUGUUAUCAACCGGUAUGUUAGACGGCGUUCCGGUGAAGUAUGUUGCAUGGUCAAGAGAGAAGGAGCUCCAUGGUGUCAUUAAGGGUGCAACCUAUCUUUGUGGCUGUAAAUCAUGUACCUUUUCAAAGGCGAUUAAUGCUUACGAGUUUGAGCGUCAUGCUGGCUGCAAGACAAAGCACCCAAAUAAUCAUAUUUACUUCGAGAACGGGAAAACAAUCUAUGGCGUUGUUCAAGAACUGAGAAACACACCUCAAGAUGUGUUGUUUGAAGUAAUUCAGACGAUAACUGGAUCUCAAAUCAACCAGAAGUCUUUUCGAAUUUGGAAAGAAUCAUUUCUUGCUGCUACUCGUGAGCUUCAACGGAUAUAUGGGAAAGAAGAAGGAAUUGUGUCGUAGAGAGUUGACUUGGUCAAGGGAUGAGAUGGCAAAACUUGGCUGCUGAGGCACUCUACCUUAGAAAAUCGGAAAUGAGAAACAAAUCAAGAUUCUGUUAUAUGAUUUUGGUAAGUUUUUUUGUUGAGCCGAUUAGAAUUGGUUUUGGUAAAAUGUGUUGUAAGACGGUAGUAUGAUGAAAGGCGUGUUUUCAUGGUAUUAUUUCGUUAUGAAAGGCGUGUUCAACAAUGAUGAGGUUGCUAACCAUAAGAAAAGGGGGGCUUACUGCAUAAAAAGUAAUAAACUUUGGCAUGA